CCGAGAGCGGUUCGCGCGCUUCGGGCCUAGUCCGGACUCGCCGCCUCCGCCGCCAUAUUCCCGUGGCAUCUUUCUUACUUUGUCCGUUUUCCGGGCUCGCGAUCUGCCUUCCGGAGCCAUGUCCGAAGGAGUGGACUUGAUUGAUAUAUACGCCGACGAGGAGUUCAAUCAGGACCCAGAGUUCAACAAUACAGAUCAGAUUGAUCUGUAUGAUGACGUGUUGACAGCCACCUCACAGCCCUCAGAUGACAGAAGCAGCAGCACUGAGCCACCUCCUCCCGUUCGCCAGGAGCCGUCUCCCAAGCCCAAUAACAAGACCCCUGCAAUUCUGUACACCUACAGUGGCCUGCGUAACAGGCGGGCUGCUGUUUAUGUGGGCAGCUUCUCCUGGUGGACCACAGACCAGCAGCUGAUCCAGGUUAUUCGCUCUAUCGGAGUCUAUGACGUGGUGGAGUUGAAAUUUGCAGAGAAUCGAGCAAAUGGCCAGUCCAAAGGGUAUGCUGAGGUGGUGGUAGCCUCUGAAAACUCUGUCCACAAAUUGUUGGAACUCCUGCCAGGAAAAGUUCUUAAUGGAGAGAAAGUAGACGUGAGGCCAGCCACCAGGCAGAACCUGUCACAGUUUGAGGCACAGGCUCGGAAACGUGAGUGCGUCCGAGUCCCAAGAGGGGGAAUACCUCCACGGGCUCACUCCCGAGAUUCGAGUGAUUCUGCUGAUGGACGGGCCACGCCCUCUGAGAACCUUGUACCCUCAUCUGCCCGUGUGGAUAAGCCCCCCAGUGUGCUGCCCUACUUCAACCGCCCUCCGUCAGCCCUCCCCCUGAUGGGUCUGCCCCCACCUCCAAUUCCGCCCCCACCACCUCUCUCCUCAAGCUUUGGGGUCCCUCCUCCUCCUCCUGGUAUCCACUACCAGCAUCUCAUGCCCCCUCCUCCUCGAUUACCUCCUCAUCUGGCUGUACCUCCCCCUGGGGCCAUCCCACCUGCCCUUCACCUCAACCCAGCCUUCUUCCCCCCACCAAAUGCUACAGUGGGGCCUCCACCAGAUACAUACAUGAAGGCCUCGGCCCCCUAUAACCACCACAGCAGCCGGGAUUCGGGCCCUCCGCCCUCUGCAGUGAGUGAAGCAGAAUUUGAAGAGAUCAUGAAGCGAAACAGAGCAAUUUCCAGCAGCGCCAUUUCCAAAGCAGUCGCUGGAGCCAGUGCAGGGGAUUACAGCGACGCGAUUGAGACGCUGCUCACAGCCAUUGCUGUCAUCAAACAGUCCCGGGUCGCCAACGAUGAGCGCUGCCGUGUCCUCAUCUCCUCUCUCAAGGACUGUCUUCACGGCAUCGAAGCCAAGUCCUACAGUGUGGGUGCCAGCGGGAGCUCGUCCAGGAAACGACAUCGGUCCCGGGAGAGGUCACCUAGCCGGUCCCGGGAGAGCAGCAGGAGGCACCGGGACCUGCUUCACAAUGAAGAUCGGCAUGACGAUUAUUUCCCAGAAAGGAACCGAGAGCACGAGAGACACCGGGACAGAGAACGGGACCGGCACCACUGAGAGGAGUCGGUCGGAAGCAAAUGUUUUUUAAUGGACUUGCAUCUCCUCACCUCGAUCAGGACUAAAGGACGGAGGCCGCUCCACCCCUUCCCUUCCCUCCAAGCCCCUCCCCUCCAGAACCCCAGGGAAUGCCCUCUGCCCUCCCGGAUCGAAGACUGCCGGCCCUCCCAGCCCCACACCUCCUGUUUGCCGGGGAAGGACCUAAAGACUGUUGGGAGGGGAGGCAGACAGGAGAAACAGGUCCGGCCCCGGGCUCCAUAGAGAAUGGUGCUUUGUUCAAGGAAACGGGAGUUUCUGCUUCUCCAGGAGCAGCUCAGUAGUGAGGUUGAUGGGAAGCCUUCCUUCUCAAAGAAAAGGAACCCUUCGAGGGGAUCUAGGAGAGCGACGGGGGUGCCAGGAUAUGCCCAGGGUCCUGCCCUCAGCACUAGGUUUGAUGGGGCCACGAGGGUCCAGACCCCUUGCCAACACCACUUCGUUCAACUCCUUUCCUUCCAGCCCUUGGAGGAGGGACCAUGAGAACAGAAAUGUAUGGAAAGCUGCUCUUGCUCUUGCUUUUCCUUCCCACGUACUGACGGUUUGUUUCCCUGGCCUCCCAGCCGGGCAGCCCCCCGCUCCUGCUGCCCAGCCUCCUCAGGGGACCGGCCCCCCUGUGCAGAGCAGGCCCGGGAGGCUGUGGCUGAGCCCGCGGAGCCAGUUCCCACCCUGCUUCCGGCGCGGCUGCCUCUGCAAUAACCAGCUCCACCAGGUGUUCUGUUUCCGGGGCUCCGCCGUGUCGCACGGGAGGCCUCCCCCGGGGCUGCUUCCUUGUUUUAGAGGAGGCAUUGCCGUUGGCGGUGGGGACGGCGGGCCCAGCAGCGAAGCCCUGGUGCAGUGCCCGGAUGGGGAGGCACGGCGGGCCACGCACGGCCUGCCCCGUGGGCCUGCCUUUUUGUGCGGGUUUGAUGUAAGCAGGGGCUCGCAUCCCCGGUACCAGUUUCACUCCUCGUGGGGUAACCUGACACUAGCAGCCAGGGAAAGUCACAGGUGGGGUGUCUCCGCCUUUUGACCAUGGACUUCCUGUCUCCCCGGGCUCUGCCUGGAGGUACUUCCUGCCUCUGAUGAGCAGGGACAAGUGGAGCCGGACUUGAAUGAGCUCCGUGUUCUAAGGACCACCGCUCGGGGCCAUUUUCCACACGGGCAUGGGAUGGGCAUGGGAUGGGCAUGGGAAUUGCUUUGCCGUCACAUCUACAUUGUGAUGUUCUUGUUGCUGAGGGAGGAGGCAGCAGGGCCCUGCCGUGCCCAGGGGGCGAGGGGCGCUGUUUGCGCAUCUAGAGGGCACGUGGCAUCUAACACGAGAAGAGACGUGACGUGAGACGUGGCGUGUGAGGUUAGGGUCAUUGGAGACCCUUGUGGCUCAGGGAGAGACUGAGUUGGACUGAACCCUCUCUUCCCUGCACGCUUCUGACCUGGCCCUCCCGUCCCCCAGGGCGGCCCCCGGGGCUGGAGAGGCACAUGCCCUUGGGACAGGCGACAGGUUUGUAGCCCCUUUUUUCCUGUCCCAAGUCCCAGCCCCACCUCCACCUCCACCUCAGAACGUGGCACCCUGCCCGCCGGCGAGUGCUGGGUACUGGGCGUACCCUCGAGAGCGGCUCCCCAGCAGGUGGCAGGGAGGAGAGGACGCCGGGAGCUUCUCCCCGUUUGUUUUGUUUUUAUUCAGUGACGCCAUUUCUAGUUUUGUUUCCUGAUAGCAAGAGGAAAGCAACCCGUCCUCCGGAAGGCCACGGCCCGUCCCCUGUUGUCGGUGACUUGUUUGUCUUUCUGAUAGGUUGAAAAUUGUGUAAUAAACUUGAUGACGCUGUCAAUCUUU